AUGGAUGGAGUUUCUCUGGCGGAGAAUGAAAACAAUAAGCAUCCAAGUAAUAAGUGUAUACGUCGAUUUCAAAAGUUUCAAGAUCAACUUGAAAAGUAUUUAAAAGAAGGCAUAAAAAUUGAAUCCAUUUUGGUAAAUAAUCUUGACAAAAGUUCACACUGUAUCAUGAAAGAAAGUCAUUUUCAGUGUUGUCAAGACUUUACCAAUGUACAAACUUGUAUUAAUUCUUUAUACUCUACAACACUUUAUGUCAUACAACUUUUAAAAAGUAUACAAGAUGUUUAUUCAAUUCAAAUUCCUGUUUAUAUAUAUUCAACAAUUCAACGUCCUUUAAAUUUGAUUCGAGCUUUUCAAAAUGAUGAAGGAAAUUUGUUAAAAGUGAGUGUUUUUUUGUCUGGUCUUGUGAAUUAA